AUGUUGGACAUGCAAUUUGGCCCCUUCAUCUGUAACAAGAAACUUUCCAACAAGGACGAUUACAACUUAUUGCACCUCGUCCGUCAAAGGUCACUCCCCAAAUUCAAUGAAGAAUCAAAACUCCUCCACCCAAGAUUUGAAAGAAAUGCAAAAUCUGAUUUGCUGUUGACGGAAACGAUAUCAAAUAGUAAACCCCAAGAGAGAGACGAAAAUGGAAACUGUCAUGUAAUUGGCGGGAUGGGAGCUAACGUUAGUAGGCACUCAACAAAAGGACUUUCAGGAAGAAGAUCCCAAUCCAGCGGUAGCAUUUGCAACGGCAAAGGAAAACAUAAUGGUAGUGGCAGUAGUAAAAGUGGAGGAGGAAGUCUCCCGAGUUAUUUGGAUGAUGGUGAAUCCACCAGUACAAAUAACUAUGAUGAAGAUGAUGAUGAAAAACAACCUCAAGAGGGAGGAAGAAUUUCCCCAUUAGGCGACGGUGCUCCACUUCACUGGAAAUUCUCCGACGUCCAAACUGCCCAAGAUCAAGGGUACGGCUCUGAAAGAUCACCAGAGGAGGAAUAUCCUCCGCCUUUACCCGAACACGAUCUGGAUCAGUGCCACCAUCAUCUGGAGGCACAUUCGUGUUAUCCGUUUAUUACACCCGACAGUACCUUCACAGUGAAACUCAAUAAAGGCUCCAGAGGUUUGGGUUUGAGUGUAACAGGUGGCUUUGAAAGUGAAGGAUCAUGGCCGGGAUUGGUAAGGAUAAAACGACUGUUCCCUCACCAACCAGCAUCAGCAUGCGGUCUCUUAAAUGUUGGAGAUUUGCUUUUAGAAGCUAACGGAGUACCAUUAACAGGCUUAACAAAUUAUGAAGCCCUUGAAGUACUUAGAACCGCUACCAAUCAAGUUGAACUUAAAGUAUGUCGACCUCCACCAGACGUACUUAAUUGUGUGAGCCCCGUUUCCGACGUUCCUCCUCCACCGCCGACACGGCGGGAACCUCCAAAUAGUUUACAUUUUACAUCAGGCUAUUUUGGCACUACACCUGAAGAUGAAUAUUAUCAUGGUGAAUAUGAAAUAACCUUAACCAAAAUACAAGGAUCUUUGGGAUUCACUCUGCGAAAGGAGGACGAUAGUCCUCUUGGCCACUAUGUUAGAGCUUUAGUACGUGAACCAGCACUUACUGAUGGCCGAAUCAAGCCUGGAGACAAAAUUAUUGCAGUCAACGACAUGGAGAUAUUUCCAAUGACACACGAGCAAGCCGUUCAAUACUUAAGGCAAUGCGGAGAUAAAGUUAAACUCAGGUUGUAUCGUGAUUUACCACAAAACUCCCCAAUGAGCCCUACAGAAACGGCUCCUAGAAAAGCAAACCUCAGACAAGAAGCGGUCGAUAUGCUUAAUGAUAUUGCUGCCCGCAAGCUGAUUCCUAAUAUCCAAUCGGCUGGUGCUGAAGGAAGCUCAAUGUCUCCUACUUUGUCUCCCAGAAAAUUGAGGCGGCAAAAUAAUCCUGGAGGUAGCAAUGUUGGGUGCGAAGACUUUGUUGGCACCAAGUAUCUGAUUCCUGAAGAACAAUUUCACGAGGGCAUGUUGAAAUGCAAACAUUUCGAUGAAGAGGCGUUUAGUUCUUUAUUUACAAUUGAGGGAAAUGAGGAAAGCGUAACUACAGAAUCUGAGGUUAGAGGUAACUACCCCACAGAACCAUCUAGCAUGCCUCAUAUUCCUUUAGACAAAUCUUCCGGAACGUUUAGUCAUAAAAAGCCAACAUACCAAUCAGCACACCCUCCCUGCAUAGAUAGCGACAAAAAAAGUAGUUCGAGCGCUUCCAAAGAUACCCGACCCACCACUAACCAUGAUGAAGAGACUGAUACAAUUAAAAGAAAAAAAGGAAUAUUGAAGAAGGAUCCUAACCGGAGCCUUGCAAAAACCGAAAAUAUCAAGACUGAGAAAAAGGAAAUGAUCCCUAUGAAAGAAGAGAUUGAGGUUCUUGCAAUAGAACUGAAUAGGGGUUGGAACAGUAGACUGGGAUUUAGCCUACAAGGGGCCGCUGGCGUCACCUAUGUAAGCGCUGUUUAUCCUGAUUCCGUAGCCGCAAAGGAUGGUAGAAUAAAACCCGGAGAUCGUAUUAUUAAGGUUAAUGAUGAGGAUGUAGAACAUUUGAGUACUAGCGAAAUUAUCGAUUUCCUACGAAUAGUUCGAGGUCCAGUGUGUAUAUUUGUAAAAAGGAUUAAAUCUAACGAAGACUGUCCAAGAAGCAAUGCAGAGAAUUGAAAUAAAUUAGACUGUAGCGCAAACAGAGGUAAAUAGUUGCUCACAGAGAAAAUUUGAUAAGUCAAAAAGUCAUUCGAAAGUUGAAGAUGUUUAUAUAUCCUUCCUAAAUCUAAUGCUUAGCCAACAUUUUUCCUCAUCAAUAAACAAUUAAAAUAUCAAAUUUUCAUUGAGCAGACCUUAAUAGCGUUUUUAGCCAAUGAUAUGACAUUAUUCUAAAAUAUCUAUGAAAGGUUUUUUGAACAAAUUAUAGAAUCUCUUUGAAUUAAUAUUUUGUGGUAACAUAAUAUAAAUUAACUUUUUCUCUUGCUUAAGUCAUCCUAGACAUUAGUAACAAAAAUAAACAACUACAGAGUGGUAAAAAGUAGCGCAUAGUGCAUGAAACAUUUUAAUUAGGUACCUACUCAUAUGAAAAAAUUUAAAGAAAAAUUAUCAUAUGAGAAAAUAAAAUUUGUCACAGUAACAAUAACCGAAUGAGAAAAUUUUGUGAUGUCGAUAGGGACAUGGCAGGUAAUUUGGUGAACAACUUCCAGUAAAGGAAAUUUGAAAGUUACAGGCAUCAAGCGCUACUUUUUCGCAUAUAUUUGGGACGUUCAGAUGUAAAAAAGAAAACACACAACCUUUUUUUUUUUCAAAAUAAUUUAAAAACGACCCUGUUCCUGAACCCCUGCAUAAUCCGAAUAUUUCAUUAAGUAUGAUAUUUUAAAAAUAUAAAAUAUCGGGAAUAUAGGCUUUUCUGGAAAUUUUUGCUUGAGUCAUUUUUUAAAUAUCUAUUGUGAAAUACCUACCUAUGCUCUAAUUUUAAAAAUUGCGUUAACAGCUUUUUACCUAGCAAAAAAGUAAAGUCAGUAGUUCACUCUACCUAUAUAAAGAUAUGAUAUGACUUAAAUUAAAAUACUUAUAUUAAGGUGUAAGUUGCUCAAAAGUAGAACCAGUAUUUUCUAGUUACAAACUGUAGAUUACGGAUAAGUCAAAGAGCAUUCUAUAAAAAAGUGAAAUAUAUUAUUAUUUCUUGAUUGAAUUUUUUGUCAAUAGGCCUUAUACUAUUUUACUAUUAUAGGAUCAAAAAAUUGUGAUAAUUUUAAACUUUUCCUGCUCUUCAUGUGAUUGAAAACUAUUUUAUAAACAACAUACCUAUUAUUUUACAAUUAAUAAAAUUCUAAUUUUUAAUUUAAUACCUAAGAUAGAAAAAUACAAUGUUUCAAUAAAGGUACAUAAUAUAUGGAAUUUUAUAAAUUUAAGGUUUUUAUUUCAACCUUGAAUUUUCAUUUUCCUGUAUUUUUAGUUUACUUAUGUUGAAAAUAAAUGGACAUUAUUUUAAAUAUUUUUAUCAAAAAAUUAUGUCAAUCAUCAAACUUAAUAAAAAAAUAGUCAAUGUAAAAUAUGUUUAAAUGUUAAAAUAAUAAAGUUGUUGUAUAGUCAAAAAAUAUUUAGUACCCAAUAAGCUAGUAAGUUAAAGAAACUAGAAAAGCAUCAGUUAUAUUAUCUUAGAAAAAGUAUCGUAUAUUUAUAAUAAAUCAUUUUUUCUAUCUACUCUGAUGUUAAGUACAAAAAUAUUGAAUACAAAAAUACAUAUUUUAACAUCGAGUUCUUCGAGUUUUUAAAUUUUAUUCACAUUUUCAGUUUUUUUUUCAAAUAUUUCUUUGUUAUUUUAUUUUAUAAAAGAUUUAUAAAAUAGACAAUACUUUCCGUCAGGAUAUUUUGAUAAAGUGGAUGGUGUAAUUUUGUCCAUGUAUAGUUUGCAGACGACAAGUUUUCAUAAUCUGCUCCAUUAAAUUUUUCUUGGCCAUAGAUAAUAUAAAUUAUAGUAACUUCAUGUAGCUGUAGUCAAAAAGUAUUAAAAUUAAAAAUGGCACUACUAAAAAUCAAAUUACAUUCUAAAUUUUUGCCUGAAUAGAGUUAAAACAUUAAUAAGUGGUUAUUUUGUAAAACAUAAAUAUAGGUAAUCCUUUGAAUAAACAUAAAUUAAAAUAGAAAAAAAUUAAUUAAAGGUGUCUAGGGAUUAAUAGUAGAACAUGGAUGAGCAUUUAAUAAAAUUCAACAACCCUACAUGGUUCCAUGUUCUAUCGUUACUCUUGAAACAUUCUAUGUAAGUACUUCUAUUGAUUAUUAUAGGAUUCAAAAAUUUUGGCAAAUUAUUUUACUUUGCUUUCACUUGAGGUUAUUGAUACAGUCAAAUGAAGCAAUAUAAAGACUAGCUUGAAAUAUGAUAUUAUUAUUUUUGUAUGCACUUCAUUUGAUCUAUUAGUGUUAGGAAAAAACCUACUUUGGAAUUGUAUCAAAAUGUUAUAAAUUAUUAUUAUUUAUUUCAAAGCAAAGUUUUUAAAAUAUUUUUAUUGCAAUAAUAAUUUAAUUUUAUACUGUUAAGUUUAAUGGAAAAGUUUGUACAAUAUUUUAUUAUUUUUUUGUUUUAUUUUCAAAUAAAAGCCAAAGAGCUAAAAAUAAAUAAUUUUUUGAAAUCGA